AUGCCAGCAUCGCGACAGAAUGAGGUUAAUUACACGGCACCAUACUUCCCCCUGCUUGGCUUUGAGCAGUAUGCAGGCAACCCUAUUAUGAGACCUGAUGCCAGUCACCCUUGGGAGUCCGCAUAUCUCUAUAACCCGAGCGCCAUCGUGAUGGACGACAUGGUCUUCCUCCUUUAUCGAGCCCAGGAUGCCCAGAAAACGUCUAGCAUCGGUCUUGCCUGGUCCAGUGAUGGGUAUAGUUUCACUCGGUACUCCCAGCCCAUUAUCGCCCCCACGGAACCAUACGAGACCCCGGGCGGAUGUGAGGACCCCCGAGUCGUUCGCGUCGAUGGAACCUUCUAUCUGACCUACACGGCCUACGAUGGCAAGGUCGCCCGCCUUUGCCUUGCGACCUCGACCGAUCUCGUCAACUGGAAGAAAUAUGGUCCUAUCUUACCCGAUUUCAUCGAGACUGUGUACAACUGGCGCGAACCCGUUACCUACUUUAGUUCCAACGCGCCCGGCUGGACCAAAAGCGGUGCUAUCAUUGAUGAGCGCCAGCCUGAUGGUUACUACUACAUGCAAUUUGGAGAUACCUACCUCUAUACCGCAAACUCGACCGACUUGAUUCACUGGGAAGUCUCAGGCGACGGAAAGCCGUUCGCUCCUUUGAUGAACGUGUGGGAGCAAGCUUUGACUGAGAGUGGGCCGCCUCCUAUCAAGACAAGAGACGGCAAGUGGUUGAAGAUCUACAAUGGAAUGGCUACCGGUGGUGUAGGUGGUUAUGCAGUUGGUCAAUAUAGCACUGGACAGAUGCUCAUUGAUCCGGCCAAUUCUCCCCUGGGCCCUCCUAUUGCACGCCUCGAGACUCCUAUCUUGCAGCCCACGACCGCCACGGAAAUUACCGGGCAAGUUGAUAAUGUCGUGUUCAGUGAGGGUUUGGUGCAAUUCAAGGGCAAGUGGCUACUUUACUUUGGAGCUGGAGAUGCGUUCCUGUCGGUGGCCCAGACUCCUGUGCAGCCCUAGAUGAGUUCAGAGGCCGAUUUCAAUAGCCUGUAACUGUUCUUUCGUGUAAUCCCGAGUAAAAUUGAGUCGAAUGUACUUGGGAUUGCUGUAUUUCUUGCAAAUUCAAAAAUUUCAAUUGGAGAUGGUUAUCCAGGAUGGACACACAGAGUACGGACGAUGAAGUACAACAAGAACAGCAAAGACAUCGAUAAAUUAGAUUUUUGACAAUGAACAUAAUUCCAAAGAGGCAAUUCUUUGAGCCAAUUCCAGUCCUCAGUAAACAAAAAGAUUCCCGUAUCAUGACGAUCUAGUAAUUUUGAU